UUGUUAUUUUAUUAGCAGGAUGCCUUGAGACAAAUACAGCAUCUGGCUGAGGAUUGUGUGUGUGUGGGUUUUUUUUUUCCUCCCUCCCUCUCUCUCUCUCUCUGCAAAUGCCGGGAAUAAUUUAAUUCGCGAAAUGGGAGACUUGAAGUCGGGUUUUGAAGAGGUGGAUGGCGUGAGGCUCGGCUACCUCAUCAUUAAAGGAAAGCAAAUGUUUGCACUCUCUCAGGUCUUCACAGACCUGCUCAAAAACAUCCCGAGAACCACCGUGCACAAGCGAAUGGAUCAUUUAAAAGUCAAAAAGCAUCACUGCGACCUGGAGGAGUUGAGGAAACUCAAAGCCAUCAACUCCAUCGCUUUCCACGCCGCCAAAUGCACGCUGAUUUCCAGGGAGGACGUCGAAGCCCUGUACACUUCCUGCAAGACCGAGCGAGUCCUCAAGACAAAACGGAGGAAAAUCAGCCGGGCCCUGGCAGGCGGCGAGCUCCGCGCGGAGCGCCCGGCCGCCGGCCCCUACUGCAGCCUCUGGGAGGACAACAAACUUUGGCUGGGCUUGAAGGAGCCGGCAGCAGCCGCGGAGCUCGAGUGCCCUGAGCCGGGCAAUAAGGCACUGCCGCUGCUGCACAACAUCCGCAUCAAGACCGAGGACAGCAGUGCCAGCGAAGAGUACGAACCUGACCUUAUAGAGCAUAAGCUAAAGUGUGAGUGCAAUGAUCCCAAGGAUGAGUUUUACGGGGUGACUGAGAGUAAUAACCAGGACGCUUUAUUGCCAGCCAAGGACGAGCCUGCAUGCACUGAGAAGGAAACCACUUCCUUAAGCCCGCUGCUGACUCAGAGUCAGGCCCUCUCAUGCACUUUAGGGACUCCGAAGCCUGAGGACGGGGAGUAUAAAUUUGGAGCCAGGGUGAGAAAGAAUUACAGGACUUUGGUUUUGGGAAAGCGACCUGUGCUGCAGACUCCUCCAGUCAAACCAAAUCUGAAAUCCGCUAGAAGCCCACGUCCUACAGGUAAAACUGAGACACAUGAAGGAACACUGGAUGAUUUUACAGUUACCAAUAGACGCAAAAGGGUAGCCAGCAAUGUAGCAUCAGCAGUGAAAAGGCCGUUUAAUUUCAUGGCAAAUUUUCCCUGUCCACCGUCACUAAUUAUUGGCACUGAUGGGGAUUUGUUGCCAGCUUAUUCCUUAAACACCACUAAGGAUUCCCAACCACCUCACAAGGCCCAUCCUGUAUGGAAAUGGCAGUUGGGCGGUUCUGCAAUACCUCUUCCACCCAGCCACAAAUUCAGGAAAUUUAAUUAAUAAAAUGGUUUGAAAAA